GGCUCUAGUGCUCGUUCGAGCAACACUCCCCGCCGUCUCUGUUUUCAGCUGCUCUACACUCGUUGAUAAUACGGUCUUUCGCCAUGAAACUUUCUUUCCCACUCUUUGUUGCUGCAGUAGCCGUUACUUCUGAAGCUCAUAAACUAACCGUCAAGAAAAUAUCUCGCACUGGAGGUCCACAACGAAGAACUCCAGGAAACUCUGUUGCCGAUAAUCAAAUCAACGUAGCUUCUGCAUCCGCCUCCGGUGCCAAUGCCUUCGAUCUCAAUUCUGUGCAUGACUUGAUUUAUAUCGCCAAUAUAACGGUGGGGGGCAUUGAGUAUCCUGUACAGCUCGAUACCGGUUCUUCAGACCUUUUUAUCAAGGGUGAUACCUACCCAAUACCCAAUACUAACGAAACGUCAACGACAACGAAUUUGACUUAUGCCAUCGGUUGGGCUUAUGGCCAUAUUGCGCAUGCAGCCGUCGAAUUUAUAGGAAUUCAAGUUCCGUCUCAAGCAUUUGUUGAUGCAACCGACGUUGUAAAUCCUGCUUUAGGGUAUGGAGCCAAAGGCAUUGCCGGCCUGGGAUUCACGUCACUCUCCACAAUUGAUUUCACGCUUAACGGCACUCAAUCAUCCUUGGGACGGAGUCUCCUUUAUAACCUCUUCGAGGCCAAUCCAUCUGAGCCAAACUUCAUUGCUUUUGCACUGCAGAGGGAGUCUGAACCUGGCGCUGAGGUCAUUGGAAGCUUUUCCAUAGCGUACUCCGGGGUUACCGGAAACGCGCCCAUCUCAACGUGGCCAGUAAACUCGCCUCAUCGGUGGAACGUUCUUCUCGACGCUGUCAUCGUGAAUCAGACGAUCACUCCUGCGACAACGAAAGUCCCGGGUGCGCCCAGCAAUAAAGCCGUGGUACUCAUGGAUAGUGGCUCAUCUUACACGUUCGUCAACCAUAAUAUGUUAUAUGCACCAAAGGAGAUCUGCAACGCAAUAUAUGGUGAUGUUGCAGGCGCAUACUUUGACUCCACAAUAGGGUAUUGGAGAGUCCCCUGUUCGGCUGAGAUUGACAUGGCGCUGCAGAUUGGAGGACAGGUUUUCCCAGUCCACCCCCUGGAUGUGAAUCCAGCGACCCUUGCUGACCCCACUGUCUGCUUAGGUUCAUUUGUUCCGCAGACGUUUUCCAUUGCGACUGAUUUUGACUGGCUCAUUGGCGAUAACUUUCUGCGUUCUGUUUACUCGGUCUACGAUUUUGGCGACUUCGAUUCAUCAGGCAAUGUGGGUAACCCAUACAUGAAGCUACUGUCCAUUAUCGACUCGGACGAUGCGUCAGUCGAUUUUCACAACGUCCGUGGAGGUACCCCCAGAACCAAUAUUACGUUUACUGGGUUGAACGGUAUCUCGGUGGCUCCUUCGUUUGCCAUUUCCAAUGACAUCUCCACAUCUUUGGAAAUGAUUGGAAAAUACCUUCCAGCAAUGCUUGCAAUUGUUGCGCUGAACGCCCUGGUCGUGGUCAUCUGCAGUGUUGUGUGGAUCUUCAUGCUGUGUCGCAAACGUAGCGCACGACGUGCUAUUGCUCGAGCUCGCACUCCAAGAAGUCGGAUGAGCCCUAUGCCGAUGAAUCCCGUGCAUAGCUACAUAGCUGGCGUUGAACCACCUGCAACGCCCCCCGGUAUACAUGUAUAUGAACCAGUGUCUAUGGCCCUUACAGAGGAUACCUUUGUUCCUCCGUCGCCUGCUUUCCACGGAUUCGAUGGAGGUAAAAUACGACCAGGCGAUAGACCCAAAUCUGUCGCCUAGUUAAGUUGCUUGUUUAAAUUUAUUAUUAGUGUACGCUUGGACGAUACGUGCAUGUUGUUGUCAUCUAAUUACGAGGCUAUUCAAAUAUCCAAAUCUAUACCCGAUCAACUAAGAUAGCUUGUGAUGCAUAGAUAGCUGUGAAUAAGUACUACAGAUGCUUCAAUUCACUAUCAAUCCAC